AUGGCCUCUGACAAGGUGCUGAGUAUGGAGGAGGUGGCCAAGCACAACACCAAGGAGGAUUGCUGGGUGGUGCUUUACGGCAAGGCCUACGACCUCACGAAGUUCGCCAAGGUGCACCCCGGCGGCGCCAAGCUGAUCACAGACGUGGCCGGCAUGGACGCCACGGCCCAGUUCGACCCCAUCCACCCCAAGGAUAUCAUGGACAAGCUGCUGAAGCCGUCCUUGACCAUGGGCGUGGUGGAUGCUGCCACCAUGAAGCCCGAGCACGUGGCCAAGCCGCCGCAGGCUCACAAGCCGGCGCCCAAGAAGAAGGCCGUGAAGGCGGACGCGGCGGAGGAGGAGGUCGAGGAGUUCAAGAAACCUCCGCUGGCGGCGAUGCUCAACAGCUUCGACUUCGAGUCCGUGGCACGGGAGGUUAUGGAGCCACAGGCGUGGGGCUACUACUCCAGCGGAGGUGACGAUGAGAUCACUCUUCGCGACAACCACUUGGCAUUCCAAAGGAUCACCAUGCGCCCGCGUAUCCUGGUGAAUGUCCGGGAGAUCGAUAUGAGCACGAAGAUCCUUGGGGUCCCGUCCGCCCUGCCGCUCUACUUCACCGCCACCGCCUUGGCCAAGCUCGCGCACCAGGAGGGUGAGCUGGCCAUCGUGAAGGCAGCCAAGAAGGCGGGCGUGCCCUACAUGCUGCCGACGCUGAGCUCCUACACCCUGGACGAGAUGCUGGAAGCGCGGGCGCCGGAUCAGAUCGUCUUCUCUCAGCUCUACGUCAACCCGGAGCGGUCCCGAAGCGAGGAGUACGUCGCCAAGUUGGAGAAGGCCGGGGUGCAGGCCUUGUUCGUGACCGUGGACGCUCCCCAGCUGGGCCGCCGAGAGAAGGACAUGCGCAACAAGUUCACUCAGCAGGGCUCUGACGUGCAGGGUGACGAGGAGGACGAUGGCGGCGUGGAUCGAUCCCAGGGAGCCACCCGAGCCAUCAGCAGCUACAUUGACCCUGGCCUCAACUGGGAGGACGUGCCUUGGCUGAAGAGCAUCACCAAGAUGAAGGUGCUGCUGAAGGGCGUGCAAUGCGCCGAAGACGCAGUGCAGGCGUACAACGCUGGCCUGGCUGGCUGCGUGCUGUCCAACCAUGGCGGCCGUCAGCUGGACACCUGCCGUGCAGGCAUCGAGGUGCUGCCUGAGGUGAUGGAGGCACUGAAGGAGGCAGGCGCCACCAAGGAGACUUUCGCCGUCUUCAUCGACGGCGGCGUGCGCCGAGGCGGCGACAUCUUCAAGGCUUGCGCGUUGGGUGCUCAGGCCUGUGGCGCCGGCCGUCCCGUGCUCUACUCCCUGGCGUCCUACGGCCAGAACGGCAUCGUCCGCAUGGUCCACAUGCUGCAGGACGAGCUGCAGAUGGUCAUGCGCCUGGCCGGCACCCCCGACAUCCCCUCGAUCACGGAGAAGCACGUCAUCACCACCAACCUGGCAGACCACAUCGUGCCUCUGCCCGUGGACCACCUCACCAUGAAGACCUACCAGGGCUUGGAGCCAGCGGCAAAGCUCUAG